GUUGCUCUCUAUGGUGCUGAGGUGCUUCCGGGCAUGGCGGUGGCGGGGGAGCGGGCCGGGCGCCCCGCGGGGCUGGAUCCCGGGUGCCGGGAGGAGCCCUUCAGCCCCUCGGUGCUGGGCACCAGAGAGCACUGGGAUGCUGCAUAUGAAAGAGAACUGCAGACAUUUGAAGACAUUGGAGAUGCAGGGGAAAUUUGGUUUGGAGAAGAAAGCAUGGUUCGCAUCAUCAGAUGGUUGGAAAAACAACAGAUUCCCCUUGACAGCUCUGUACUUGACAUUGGAACUGGAAACGGUGUUUUACUGAUUGAAUUGGCAAAGUCUGGCUACACUGAUCUCACUGGGAUUGAUUACUCCCCUUCUGCAAUACAACUUUCAGAAAAAAUAAGAGAGAAAGAAGGGAUGUCUAACAUUAAAUUCAAGGUAGAAGACUUCCUGGCUCCAUCAGCUGAGCUGUCAGGAUUUGAGAUUUGUAUUGACAAGGGGACUUUUGAUGCCAUAAGCCUUAAUCCCGAUAACGCGGUGGGGAAGAGGAAGCAGUACGUGAGAUCUCUCUGCAGUGCACUGAAACCAGAGGGCUUUUUCCUCAUAACAUCUUGCAACUGGACCAAGGAGGAGCUGCUGAACGAGUUCAGAGAAGGAUUUGAAAUUCUGGAGGAGCUGCCAACACCCAAGUUUUGCUUUGGAGGAAGAAUUGGAAACAGUGUAACAGCAUUGGUUUUCCAAAGGAAAAAAUUGAGGCCAUCCAUCUUGGACAAAUUAGAUUAGUUGAGAAAAGUCUGAACUUUAAACCUGACAGAAAACCUCAGACACGUGUGUAAAUAAAUGCUGUUUGAGUGCACAGUAAAAUACUGUGUAUGGAACUCUAAGGGACUAUAAAACAUUGCCCUAGAAACAGUUCAGCUUUGCAUAACUUGCCCGUAAAUUUUGUCCUUGCUGCAACCUCACUUGUUUAAGGGAAACUGCAAGUUUGUGAGAGAGAGAAAUACAACGAGUAUUUGUGUUUGGAACAUAAAGAUUAUCUGGUAUUUAAUUUUUGUAUUGGUAAUUGGUGAGCAAUAGAGGUAAAGGUAUUCUACAAAGCAAAAAUCUCAUUUCUCUGUUGUGCUGUGUAAUAGGGAACAAGCUUUUUGAAUCUAUGCUGGAUCUUUAAUUUUUUUUACAUGAAUGUAGCUGUUAAGGAGGGAAAUGAAUACAAAAGCUGCAGCACUUGCAAAAAAUGACCAGUUAGUGCUUUAAAUUCAGGCUUUCAGAGGGUCUCACAUUCAGUGAUGUCCUGUCUCCACUGCAAUGGCUCAACCCUUUUCCCACAGAAGGAGGCUGUGGAGUGGUUUUGAAAUUCUCACUUGCCUGAGUGUGUAUGUGCUUUGUCAGUUAUUUCCACCGAUGCCAUAAAUAUAUAAAGGUGCAAUGUUACAAUCUCACUGGCAUGUGAAAUGUGCCUCUCAUUAUUAAUUUGCUCUUAAUGUCUUAAGAGCCAACAAUGACUGUAUGUUUUCCAGUGAAUUUCUUAAGACAGAUUUUAGCUGCAUAAAUCCGUAAGAAUUCAAAGCAGAAAUAUCCAUUCUUUCUUUUUUUUUUAAUUAAACUUGAGUGGGUUUUUCUUAAUUUCUUUGCCUUUAUUUCUUCUGUUUUGUAUUUUCGGAAUACUACUAUUGUUUGAAAGGUAGGAAAAUGAGUUAUCUUUAGGCCUGGAAAAACGGAUGACAAUUAACUUGUUCUUUCAAACAUCAAGGGGGCCCUAUCAGGCAAUCAGGUUUUGUUUCAUGGACAAGGUCAUGUUUGCUUAUCAGGGAAUUGCUUCUCCUAGUUUCCAGACUUCUCCUAGUUCCCAGGGUUCAGGAGAUCUUUAAGGCUCAAUAAAUACUUCUAGUCCUUUCCCAGGAUAGGAAAUAAGGCAUUAUUUGCACAGUGGUGAGUUGUCCCAUCGCCAUCCCUGGCAUUGUCUUUGAGGCAGGAACCCUAAAUUACUCUAUUCUCUUUAUAAAAUGGGAUAUACUGGUUCUGUUGGAAGAAUGCUCUAUCACCAGUGGUAAGAAGGUUUAGUCCCAGUGAAUAGCUCUUUGCAUAUUUGGUCAGGUUUGGGUUCCAAAGUGCCAAAACUUGAGUGAGUGUCUUCUUGUCAUUUGGGUCACGUCAUCGGGUUCCCAGCAGCCAACAGGGUGCUAUGGAAUGGAAGUAGUAAUUCAGAUGGGUUUUUUUUUUUUGACGGAAUAGUACAAAGGAUUCAAAGUACGCUACUGAUAACAGCCUCAAUAAAAAGACUGUGACGUUUUUAUAGCCAAAUUGGCAUCAGGUAGAGUUAAUACAAGCAAAUUUGAAUUGGCAAGUGCUCUGGCAGGAUGUGUUUAGGGCAUCUGCGUUAUUCCCAUCUGUAGUUUUUGCUAAUGAAGGCACGAUACAUAUUUAAUCAUGGAAUGAAAAUAAAGUCAUGACUGUUGUGGA